AUGGACUUACAAAAACCUGAAAAAGACUUUGUAUAUAGAAAAUUUGAAGCACGAGAAAAAGAUAAUUUUGAAUUUGUAGAAUUAAAUAGUUUUUGGAAUGUUGAAGCAGAUUUUGAUAAAGACUUUUAUUAUUGUUUAUGUAUACGUUGUUAUCAGGAUGCAAUUGAUUUUGAUAAAGAAACUAUUAAAGAAACAAUAAUUGAAGAAAUUAGCAGUGACGAAUCAGAAGAAUUAGAUGAAUCUGCAACUAAAACAAAUACAUUAAAGAGAUCCUUAAUGCAAGAUACAAAUGUAAAAGCUGUAACUAAAGAAACCAGUAAACAAUUCAAUCAAAAAAAACAAAAAAUUAGUAUUCCGUUAAAAACACUAAUUGAAAAUAAUUCUGGAUCACAACCUACAAUCAUUUAUCAAAUGUCACAGCCAACUCCGUCACCAAUGUAUAAUUCAUGUCAACAUGGCUAUUAUAAUUCUUGUAAACAAAUAUCAUCACAAUUUAAUCAUCAAGAUACGUUAAAAAAUUUACAAUUUAAUAGUAUUAAAGAUUUUCUUACACAACUUG